ACUCAAGGACGGUGUGGACCUCUCAUUUCUCGGAACUUAAAAUAAAUUCCUUAAUUUACCUUUCAGCAUGAACAAACAUGCUUCGAAUGUUUGUAUAACUCCUAAAGAUGCUCCUCGGAACAGGAUAAUAAUUUUGAUUUUCUCCAUGGGAAAUAUAUUGUAACGGAUAAGGGAUGACAAAGAGGAUGAUACACAGAGACUGGAGAUGGCUGGCUCUUUGGUGGCAUCAUUUCUUUCUGACGUGGACUACAAUAAACGCACAGACUCGUUAUAACAUCCCAGAGGAACUAAAACAAGGAUCUGUGGUAGGAAACAUAGCCAAAGAUCUGGGUUUGUCACUAUCAGACAUUUUUGACCGUAAGCUGCGUGUCGCCUCUGAGGCUGGUGAGCGGUAUUUCAGUGUGGAUGCGGGGAAGGGCGAGCUGGUGGUGAAUGACAGGAUAGACAGAGAGACUUUAUGCGGACAAAGCGCCAGCUGUGUGUUGCCUUUGCAGAUAGUUCUUGAAAACCCUCUAAAUUUGCAUCGAAUUGAGGUAGAAAUUAGAGAUAUCAAUGAUAAUUCUCCCGUGUUUCAUACAAAAGAACUGUCUCUGAAAAUGGCAGAAUUAGCAGCAGUGGGAACUCGUUUUCCUUUAGAGAGUGCAGAGGAUUCAGAUGUUGGUGGUAACUCGGUGAAGUCCUACACUUUGACGAGAAAUGACUGCUUUACACUAAAAAUGAAAGAGCUUGAGGAUGGAAAAGUAGUGCCUGAGUUAGUGUUAGAGAAACCUCUUGAUCGAGAGAAGAAGGCUGUUCAUCAACUUCGGCUGACCGCAUUAGAUGGAGGAAGUCCGGUGUUGUCUGGAACCUCGCAAAUUACUAUAACUGUGCUGGAUGUAAAUGACAAUUUUCCAGUGUUUGAAAAGAAUACGUAUAAAGUUACAUUACAGGAGAAUACUGUUAAAGACACAUUUGUAAUAAAAAUUUCAGCAACCGAUGCUGACGAUGGUCCAAACGGAGAUGUCGAAUUCUCUUUUGGUUCGCGGACACCUGAUUCCGUGUUAUCAGUAUUUGAAAUCAAACCAUUAACAGGAGAAAUAUAUUUGAAAGGAGACUUGGAUUAUGAAACAGCUACGUCCUACAAAAUAGAAAUAGCUGCAAAAGACAAGGGCAUUCCUGAAAUGGAAAGUCACUGUCGCCUACAGAUAGAUGUUUUAGAUGUUAAUGACAACACUCCAGAAAUUGUUCUCACUUCUGAACCGCAGCCGGUGCGUGAGGACGCACCGAGUGGUACGGUGGUGGCUUUGCUCAAUGCACGUGAUGCCGACUCUGGUAACAACAGCAAAGUUACACUGCAACUUCCAAAAACGUCUCCUUUCUCCCUUAAACCUUCGUUUUCUAAUAAUUAUGCACUGGUUACUAAAGGUUCUUUAGACAGAGAGAAAGUCUCGGAGUACAACAUUGAGAUAACGGCCACUGACUCAGGCGCUCCCCCUCUGUCCAAUAAAAAAAUUAUACCAGUCAAAAUUACUGAUGUCAAUGAUAAUGCUCCAGAGUUCAGUCAGCGAAAUUAUAAUGUGUAUCUAAAGGAAAAUGGAGUCCCAGGUUCUAUACUGUACUCAGUAUCAGCGUCUGAUCUGGAUUCUGGUGAAAACGCAAAGAUCUCUUACUCUAUACUGGACUCUAAAGUUCAGGACGUUUCUGUCUCAUCUUAUGUUUACAUUAAUUCGGAUAACGGCAGCAUCUACAGCAUGCACUCGUUUGACUAUGAGAAACUGAAGGUGUUUCAGAUUCAGGUUCAAGCAAAGGACCAGGGCUCUCCGUCUCUCAGCAGCAACACCACCGUCCAUGUUUUUAUCCUGGACCAGAACGACAAUGCUCCCGCUGUUAUUUACCCCUCCUCCGCUGCCCUGGGCUCCCUCUCUCAUCAGAGGAUGCCUCGUUCCGCUAAAGCGGGUCACCUGGUUACUAAGGUGACAGCAGUGGACGCUGACUCGGGCCACAACGCCUGGAUUUCCUACAGACUGGCGGAGGCCACAGACGCCUCUUUGUUCGCUGUCAAUCUGUACACAGGGGAGGUGAGGACUAAACGUGCUGUGUCCGAGCAGGACGACUCCUCUCAGAGGCUGAUUAUAGAGAUCAAGGACGACGGGGAACCGGUCCAGUCCUCCACCGUCACAGUGUCCAUCCUGCUGGAGGACGGUCUCCACGAACCCAUCUUAGACCUCCGACACAAAGUGUCCGAGCCCAGCAAGAAAACUGGGAGAAUCACCCUUUAUUUGAUUCUCUCUCUGGCCUCGGUGUCCGUGCUGUCUCUGGUGACUUUUCUCAUCUUAGCGGUGAAAUGCAUCAGGAACAGCAGAAGCAGCUGCUGCGUGAGACGGAGCGACUGUGAUGAUUACAAGAACCCCAACAGAAACCUGCAGAUUCAGCUCAACACUGAUGGACCUAUAAAGUACGUGGAGGUCCUGGGAGGAGACAUGUUGUCUCAGAGUCAGUCCUUCAGGUCCUGCAUGUCUCCGAUGUCAGAGUACAGUGAUUUGACUUUGAUUAAACCCAGCAGCACCACAGACUUUAAAGAGGUGAUCAGUGUUCUGGAUGCGUCUUUACCCGACAGUACCUGGACCUUUGAGAGCCAACAGGUGAGCAGACAAAAGCUGCAUACUUCCCAGUAG